AUGGUUUACCCGCUCCCUGCCAAGAGGGUCUGCUUAGUGCCAGCCAUGGAGGGCGUGCGCUGGGCCUUUUCCUGCGGCACUUGGCUGCCGAGCAGAGCCGAGUGGCUGCUGACGGUGCGAUCGAUCCAGCCCGAGGAGAAGGAGCGUAUUGGGCAGUUCGUCUUUGCCCGGGACGCAAAGGCAGCCAUGCCUGGUCGUCUGAUGAUAAGGAAAUUGGUAGCAGAGAAAUUGAAUAUCCCUUGGAAUAAUAUUCGUUUGCAAAGAACUGCAAAAGGAAAACCAGUUCUUGCAAAGGACUCAUCGAAUCCUUAUCCCAAUUUCAACUUUAACAUUUCUCAUCAAGGGGACUUCGCGGUACUUGCUUCUGAACCUGAGCUGCAAGUUGGAAUUGAUAUUAUGAGGACGAGCUUUCCAGGUCACGGUUCAAUUCCAGUUUUCCAUAUUAUGAAAGGAAAAUUCACAAACAAGGAGUGGGAGACCAUCAAAAGCUUUACGGACAAAUGGACUCAACUGGAUAUGUUUUAUAGAAAUUGGGCAUUGAAAGAAAGCUUUAUAAAAGCCAUUGGUAUUGGACUAGGAUUUGAAUUACAACGACUCGAAUUUGAUAUAUCCCCAUUAAACUUGGAAGGCCAAGUUUAUAGAGAAACUCGUUUAUUCCUAGAUGGGAAGGAAGAAAAAGAAUGGGUAUUUGAGGGAAGCAAAAUUGAUGAGCAUCAUUUUGUCGCAGUAGCUCUUAAGAAACCCGAUGGAGCUAAACAUCAGGAUGCUCCAUCUCAAGAUGGUGCUAAACCUACCGAGAAGCAGUUUAAGAUUCUGACCUUCAAUGAUUUGAUAGCCCCUGCUAUUCCUAUGACACCUGAAGAUCCUUCAUUUUGGGACUGUUUUUGCUUCACAGAAGAAAUACUCAUACGAAAUGGUACAAAAUCAUGA